CUUAAAUUAUUUUCGCGGUUGAGUGUUCAUUAAAUUACAGUUUCUCAAGAUGAUGUUUCAUCGAUUAGCUUUACACAAACUAUUGCACCUGUUAAAACUUGACGAUUUUUUCAUGAAAGAAGAGGGACGAACAAAAUCAAAACGGCUUCACAACACACUGCUCCACGUGGAACAGAAAAUGGAUAGUUGUGUGUCAAUACUUCUCUCAGUGAUCAGCAUGUUAUCCUGCCUGACGAUCCCUAUUGCAGGGCUCGAGAAUCCCAGUCAAAUAUUCAAGGACAACAACAUGUAUAUAUUGUAUGCUGCAGCAUCUUGGUUCGAGAGGCAUGCGGCAAUGAUAGACCGACUAAUCGUAGCGCUCGCACUGGUGUUGAUCUGUGUUUUGUCGCAAAUGGUAAUACAUGGCAUUUCAGCCACCAACAUUAGCUUAAAUCCAUGGAAAGAGAUAGGGAAAUAUAAUUUGCCUAAAGGCUUUAGGAGUUACUACAAAAACAGAUUUGUGAAAUAG